AUGGCUGACUCCGCUGAAGGCGAAGUGUCGUGCGAAGUAGUCGUGGAGGAGAUUUCUGGAGCGCGAGCACGAAGUUCUUUUGAAAAUAUCGGCGUUGAGGGCGACGCGGUCAUGGAGCAAGUGGCGGGGGCAUCAUAUCCAUCUCAAGACUCCGUGGUGGAGAUAGAGCAGGUUGCUGCUACUGGUGCUGCGAAGGCAUCGGGGAGAACUGCUUCAUGUGCAGCGAAGACAUCAGAGAGAAGCGAAGAGCUGAGGAACAACUUUGUUUCGGAUUUGUCCAAGAAGAGCACAGAGAAGCAAGAGAGGCCACAGCACCCGACGUCGACGCAUGGGGGUGCGGAGAUCAUAAGAGAGAUGUGCGCGCCUGCCAAGAAGGGUCAACCUAGCUCUGACCCCAAGCAACUGUCAGCAGUGGUUCCAGAAUGGAAACAGACGCUGAACGAGCCCCACCAGCCAGGCUGA